AUGGGGAGCAUCCCGCGCGAGCUGAACACCGACCAGAGCAAGGAAAGAGAGCGAAGCCGUGACACUCCAUCACAGCCUCCUGCUGAUUUCACUACAAACGAACAAAGAGAGGAGAAAUUAAGCGGCUGGAAAAUAAAGCUGACUGCGAAAAUCGAACCGGUUACCAUCGCUGAGCCGCGGCUAGGGUUCGUACUGCGACGGGAGGAGGCCGCGGGAUUCGUUUGCUCGAAGGAUUCAGCGCGGUGGAGGGACAGGAAGGAUGUCGGAGUCGGCCGGUGGUUGUUCGGGGCUCGGCAGUGGUCCUUCAGCCGCCGGUGGCAAGCGGCUAGGGUUCUCCAGUGCGGAGAGGUUGGAGACGUUUGGUGCGAGCUCAGGGCCGCCGGUGGGGGAGGCCGGCCACCAAAUCCUACACUCCCAUCCUCCUACACCCAUGCCACCUCCUCCGAUUUCGAGUUCAUCAUCUCCGCGGCCCCCGAAAAUUCUCCUCCAAAUCCUACCCAUUCUCAUGGCUCAGCAACGCUAAAUAUCCAGGCAAUUUUUGUAUUUGCACUUCUUAUUUUGUGGGAUAAAGGAGAAUUUCCCGCAUUUUAUGUGGAUGGCUUUCAUAGCAACCCUUUCUCUCGUUCGUUUCAUCUGAAAACCACCGUGUUGUGGAGAACCUAUCUAGCAAUGGAUGGUAGGAGAAAAGGCUUCCAAACAAAGGAUUUGUCGUGGGUGAAUGCCUGA